AUGGCUAGGCUCUACAUUCCAUUCUUGGCUUUGGUACUCGUUUCUGCUCUGGUCGUGCCAAAUUUCUCAGGAGCGGAUGCCCAGUCGUACAUGGCGAUCAAGGCGGCAGCGGCCCGGAAAGCUUUUCUCGAUGCUGAAGCUGUGACGAAUGCAACUCUCGCGGAUUACAACAACAAGCUCAAGGCGGAGGCUGCGAUUCAGAAGAUCAUCGACGAUGCGAACGCUGCGAUGACUAACGCCCAGAUGAAUCUCACGUCAAAGAAGCAGCAGCUGGACGACGCGAAGGUCAAGGUGGAGCCAGCACGUCAGGAGAUGAUGAAGCAACGAGCAGCGAGGAAGGCGGAGCAGGACUACCAUGACGAGCUUCAGCAGCAAGCGGUGGAGUCGGACAUCGACGCGGCAGAGCUGGAAAAGGACCUCGUCCCCGCGCAGCAGCAACUGGACCUCGCCAAUCAGCUGCUCGCGGACCAGAUCCUCAUCGCCCAGGAGGCCACCGCCGAUUCCACCUACUACGCGCGACGCGCCGCGAAGCUCAAGACACCGGCAGCGCAGGCAGAGGCCGCCGAAGCGCAGUUAGCCCGCGCUCAGGCAAAUCGUAUUAAAGGGGCACUUACGAGGCAGGUGGCGCUCGCGAAGGAUGCCUUGGAGUCGAUGCAGGCCGAUUUCGCCUUCGCGAUGAAGGACAAGGUCGACACGAAGAAGGCAGUGCAAGAUCACCUGCCCGACCUGAACAAGGCGAAGAAGGACGCGGCAGAUGCGGAAGCGACGUACACCAAAUACUUCAACGACACCAAGACGCUGCCCGCUGUUAUAAACUCGCUCACGGCCGACGUUAAGGUGAAGACGUUAAACGCGGCUAAGGUCACGAAGGAUAACAAGGUGGCCCUCGGGCAGGCCGCUUCUGCUCGCGCUCAGGCCGAGAUUAUCUACAAAAAUACCAAGGCGAGAUCCGAUUCGCUCAAGGCUGUUGCGGACCAGGCGGACGGGGACUCGGCAGCUUACGACAAGGCCCACUCCGUCAACUGGAAUACCGUGUCGAAAUAG